AUGAGUUCAAAUCCACAAGACGGUAGGCCGCAGGUGCAGGCAUGUCGGUACAAGACGGGGAAGACACUGGGCGCCGGGUCGUACUCGGUGGUGAAGGAAUGUGUCCAUAUCGACACGGGGCGGUAUUAUGCCGCCAAGGUGAUCAACAAGAGGUUGAUGGCCGGGCGAGAACAUAUGGUGCGCAAUGAAAUCGCCGUUCUCAAGCGCGUAUCUGUGGGCCACCAGAACAUCCUCACUCUAGUCGACUACUUCGAAACCCUCAACAACCUCUAUCUCGUAACGGAUCUCGCCCUCGGCGGCGAGCUAUUCGACCGCAUCUGUCGUAAAGGCUCCUACUAUGAAUCCGACGCCGCAGACCUGAUCAGAGCCACGCUCUCGGCGGUGGCAUACCUCCAUGACCAUGGCAUCGUACACCGGGACCUAAAGCCCGAGAAUCUCCUCUUUCGCACCCCAGAAGACAACGCCGACCUUCUAAUAGCUGACUUCGGUCUCAGCCGCAUCAUGGACGAGGAGCAAUUCCACGUCCUAACCACCACAUGCGGCACACCGGGCUACAUGGCCCCCGAAAUAUUCAAGAAAACCGGCCACGGGAAACCAGUGGAUAUCUGGGCCAUCGGCGUGAUAACCUACUUCCUGCUAUGCGGCUACACGCCUUUCGAUCGGGAUUCCAACCUCGAGGAAAUGCAAGCCAUCCUAGUAGCAGACUACUCCUUCACGCCUAUCGAGUACUGGCGCGGCGUCUCCCUCCAGGCGCGCGAUUUCAUAAAACGCUGUCUAACCAUCGACCCCACGAAACGGAUGACAGCCUACGAAGCGCUAUCACACCCCUUCGUCGUCGGCAUCCCGGCCGAUUCCCAGGAUGGGAAAGCUGGGAAAGGCUCUGAUUUGCUGCCGAUAGUGAAGAAGAACUUCAACGCCCGCAGAACCCUCCAUGCUGCCAUCGACACCGUGCGCGCUAUCAAUAAGCUGCGCGAGGGCCAGCACAGCGGGAGUAUGAUGGAUGGCGCGAAGUCGGCGGAUCCAACGCAAGGAGCGGAACAUCUGCCAGCCGAGCAGUAUACGUCCAAAAACGAUUCGGGCGUGAGCGAUAUGGACGUGGAUGUCGAAGGGAUGGGGCAGCUUGGACAGGGAGCGUAUGAUGGCGGAAGAGGCGUCUUCGAGAGGGGCUCUGGACAGGGCCAGACAGAUGCGCAGAUCGAGGCACAGACGAGAAAGGUUGCGGAGACUACCAAGGGACUUUGGAGUGCCGGACAGGCGAAGAUUCCAGGCCGGUAG